GUGAAAAGUGAUAUUAAAUAAAAGGUUUUACAUUUUCAGCAGGCGAUGCUCCUCCUCCCCUCCUCCUCCUCACUCUAUGCUUCCGGUCACCGGUCACACGUGACACGACAGUGUCAUCAUCCUCUCUAGAAGAAGAUUGGUAGCCUGAGAACUAGUUUACACAAAUUUCUGCUUAUAUAGUACAUGGCUUGUCAAAUGGGAUCUAUGAAUCUGCAGUGGAGAUUAUCAAUUACUGAGAAUGAAAGCUCUGAACAAUCAUGUAUAGCCCUUGCAACUUCUAGAAUCCAUAGAUGUUGCUGUGAGCCAAGUUUUGGUGGGCUAACUCUAAAAGUUAGCUUUAACUCAUCACCUUUUGCCCAUAGCAGUUUACUGGGAAGAAGAGCUGGUUGGAAAAUAGCUUUUGCCUUGAACACAGGUGGAGUGUCUGAUAAUGGGGAGCAACAAAGCCUCAAUGACGCUGGUUCCAGUUUUGGUGGUACUCGAUUGGGUAGGAUACUGACUGCAGGUGGCAGACAACUCCUAGAAAAGCUGAACUCAGCUAGAAAGAACUUCCCUAUGAAAAUAUUCCUACUACUUUUGGGUUUCUACACAGCAAAUGCACUAGCUACAAUCCUUGGGCAAACCGGUGAUUGGGAUGUUCUGGUUGCUGGUGUUGUGGUGGCUGCAAUUGAGGGGAUUGGUAUGCUAAUAUAUAAAAAGCCACCUACUGUGAGGACUGGGAGAUUACAGUCUUUUCUAACUAUGAUGAACUACUGGAAAGCCGGCAUAUGUUUGGGCCUCUUUGUGGAUGCUUUUAAGUUAGGCAGCUAAGGACUUACAAAACCUGUUCAUCUUGCUCUCUCUUUUCAAUUUAUUGUUGUAUUUCAUUAAACUCUGGUAAGCCAUAAUUUUGAUGUUACUUCUCUUCUGUUGCUACCUUAGUUCUGUAGUAAUUGUGUAAAUGUAAUUGUAAUAUAUGAACAAGAUAUAUGAAUAAUUAAUGGCUCUGCACAAUGCAACGUUGCAUGUGAU